UUUCAAAACCCCAACCGAAAAAGGGGGCGCACGCAGACGCAAGCCAGUGAGCCAGCGCUGCUGCACGCGGGGCGUACCCACCCCGCAGUCCCGCACCCCACUCCGUUCCGUUCCGUUCCGUCCGCUCCAAGCAAGGCACCCGACCCCACCACGCGCGCCGCGCCCCGAUGCCGCCGCCGCUCGCCGCCGCGGCGUGGGCGCUGCGGGCGGCGGUGUGGGCGUGCCUCGCCGCGUCGGCCAUGCUCGUCGCCGAGGCCGCGUACAUGGGCCUCGCCAGCCUCGCCGCCGCCGCGCUGUGGCGCCGCCGGCCCCUGCAGCGGAGGUACCGGUGGGAGCCCAUGCCCGGGGCCGCGGGCGGCGACGUCGAGGAGGGCCCCGCCGCUGCGGCGGAGUUCCCCAUGGUGCUCGUGCAGAUCCCCAUGUACAACGAGAGGGAGGUGUACAAGCUAUCCAUUAAUGCGGCAUGUGCCCUGACAUGGCCACCAGACCGUAUUAUAAUACAAGUAUUGGAUGAUUCCACUGAUCCGAUAAUUAAGGAACUAGUGGAGCUUGAAUGCCUUGGUUGGGCCAGCAAAAAAAUUAACAUCAAGUAUGAGGUUAGAAAUAACAGAAAGGGAUACAAAGCAGGUGCACUGAAGAAGGGCAUGGAACAUACAUAUGCCCAACAGUGCGACUUUGUUGCUAUCUUUGAUGCAGAUUUCCAACCUGAGUCUGACUUCCUUUUGAAAACUAUACCGUUUCUUGUGCAUAACCCAAAGAUUGCACUUAUACAAACACGUUGGGAGUUUGUGAACUAUGAUGUUUGCCUGAUGACAAGGAUACAGAAGAUGUCUCUAGACUAUCAUUUCAAAGUUGAGCAGGAAUCAGGAUCAUUUGUGCAUUCAUUCUUUGGCUUCAAUGGUACAGCUGGUGUGUGGCGUGUAUCCGCUAUUAAUCAAUCUGGGGGAUGGAAAGAUCGCACCACUGUAGAAGACAUGGACUUGGCUGUACGGGCAAGCCUCAAGGGAUGGGAGUUCCUGUAUGUUGGUGAUAUUAGGGUUAAGAGUGAACUUCCAAGUACCUUCCAAGCCUACCGACAUCAACAGCAUAGGUGGACUUGUGGUGCUGCCAAUCUCUUCAGGAAAAUGGCAUGGGAAAUCAUUACAAACAAGGAGGUGUCAAUAUGGAAGAAACAUCAUCUGUUGUACAGCUUUUUCUUUGUGCGAAGGGUUAUCGCUCCCCUUGUGACAUUCUUGUUUUAUUGUGUUGUGAUCCCUUUGUCUGCAAUGGUUCCUGGUGUCAACAUUCCUGUAUGGGGGCUGUUCUAUAUUCCCACUGCCAUUACAUGUAUGAAUGCCAUAAGAAAUCCUGGGUCUCUCCAUCUGAUGCCCUUCUGGAUUCUGUUCGAGAAUGUCAUGUCCAUGCACCGAAUGCGUGCUGCUCUAACUGGUUUGCUCGAGACUGCACAUGCAAAUGACUGGGUAGUCACUGAGAAGGUAGGAGAUCUUGCGAUGGAUGAUCUUGAUGUUCCACUUCUUGAACCAGUGAAGCCAACCGAAUGCGCUGAGAGGAUUUACAUUCCUGAGAUCUUGCUUGCACUCUACCUACUAAUAUGUGCCUCAUAUGACUUGGUCCUUGGAAGCCAUAAAUACUAUCUUUACAUCUACCUCCAGGCCUUUGCAUUCAUCGUAAUGGGUUUUGGUUUCGUUGGAACAAGAACUCCUUGUUCAUAGCUGCUUUGAUGAUGUUACUAGUCCCCAUUUCACAAUUUGCUCCUAGGAAUACAGCAGUACUUUGUAUGCAUUUGUGCAAGGUAAACCUUAUCUGAUGAUAUUGUUUUGCAUGAGACUGGGCCAUGCUUAGUCUAGGGAGCUUUAGAUUCCUAACAAAAAAUUCCUUAUUUACCACGGGCAACUCAGAAUUUUACGAUUUGCCACUGGUAAACCCAUUUUCGCUGACAUAAUGCGUUUGCUCAAUAAUCGUUCUGUGCUAGAUGUAUUUGUCUGUAGUACUCCCAUGGCAGAGAUGUAAUUGGGCAUGGGUUUCAGAUUCUGGGUUUGAGGAGAGGCAAAUUUGUAUCCUUGGUUCCUAGCUGGAUUAGGAACUUUGUAGCAUAUAGUUUUAUGAUUGUCAUGUGUAGAGAUGCCAACCAUGGAUGUAUGAACGUAAUAAAAAGACGAUGGAAGAUGGUAUUGAUUUUUGUAUUGAGAUAAAGCAGUAACCAUUUUAUUUCAAA